UAGAGAAAAACAAAGCAUUGCUUGGCAUGAGCUUGUUCUAUUUGGAUUGCUGGGUCUCUAUUAUAUUCUCUUCAUUUUGAUCUCCUUUCAUUCUUCUUUUCUAUUUUGUUUAGUUUUUCUUAAACUUAGAAUCCAAGAAAGUGUCGAUCUUGCCUUCUAUAUAUAUCAUACCCCGCGCAAACACACAGCAAUCCUUUUCGAGUCACUGCACUUUUCUGUCUCAAAAAUUACUGGUUAAUUUCUUCAUCUUUCUGGUCUGAUGGGGAGUGUUGGAAUCCUGACAAAUUCUGUAAUGGUUUGUGCUCCAUUAAUGGCUCAAUCUGUUGAGCAAAUGGUGAUCGACAUGCAUAGUGCAAAGGCACAAGGUGCUGAUGUUGUGGAGGUCAGGUUGGACUGCAUUAACAAGUUUCGGCCUAGCCAAGACCUGGAAACCAUCAUCAGAAACAAGCCAUUGCCGGUGAUCAUUGUCUACAGGCCAAAGUGGGAAGGUGGGCAGUACGAAGGGGAUGAGCACAGAAGGUUGGAAGCACUUCGUUUGGCACAUGAUCUGGGAGCUGAUUAUAUUGAUUUGGAGCUCAAGGUUGCCUCUGAGCUGAUAUGGGAACUGAAAAACAAGCAUCAGAAUGGUGGGAAAGUCAUUGUAUCAUCUUACUUGAAUGGUGCAACCCCCUCGAAAGAAAAUCUCAGCCAUCUUGUUGCAACCAUGCAAGCUACUGAAGCAGAUAUCAUCAAAGUUGUUUCUAAUGCAGAUGAUAUCACAGAAAUGGAAAGGAUUUUUCAUUUGCUUUCGCAUUGCGAGGUGCCAGCAGUUGCAUACUCGGUGGGGGAGAGAGGCCUCAUAAGCCAGCUGUUGUGCCCCAAAUUCGGUGGUGCUUUAGUCUAUGGAUCCGUGGAAGGAAAUUCAAUUCCUGGUUUACCUACAUUAGACAGCCUUAGAGAAGCCUACAAGGUUGACUGCAUUAAUUCAGAUACUAAAGUUUUCGGUCUUGUUUCAAAGCCAGUUGGCCACAGCAAAGGCCCUCUGUUGCAUAAUCCUACCUUCAGACAUGCGAACUUUAAUGGGAUCUAUGUCCCCAUGUUUGUCGAUGAUCUCAAGAAGUUCUUUGAUGUCUACGCAAGCCCUGACUUUGCUGGUUAUAGUGUUGGGUUUCCAUACAAGGAAGCUGUCGUGCAGUUCUGUGAUGAAGUCCAUCCACUGGCUAAGUGUAUAGGAGCUGUUAAUACCAUCAUAAGGAGGCCCUGUGAUGGGAAACUGAUAGGUUAUAAUACAGACUGUGAGGGUUCAAUAACUGCAAUUGAGGAUGCUUUGAGAGAUCAGAAAUACGUCAAUGGCAGAUCCUUAAAUUCUCCGUUGGCUGGGAAACAGUUUGUGGUAGUUGGUGCUGGAGGUGCUGGAAGAGCAAUUGCAGUUGGAGCAAAGAGUAGAGGAGCCCGUUUAAUUAUUUUCGACAUCGAUCUCGAGAGAGCAAAGAGUCUUGCUCGAGCUGUUUCUGGUGAAGCUCAACAUUUUGAAAGUCUAGCACAUUUCCAGCCUGAGAAUGGGGCAAUCCUUGCAAAUGCAACACCGAUAGGAAUGCAUCCGAGUACAGAUCGAAUUCCCGCGGCCGAGGAAACCUUGGGAAACUACCAACUGGUAUUCGAUGCUGUUUACACACCAAGAAAAACCAGACUAUUAAAAGAUGCUGAUGCUGCUGGAGCAAUUACAGUGAGUGGAGUUGAGAUGUUCCUCAGACAGGCCAUCGGGCAGUUCAACCUCUUCACCGGCAGAGAAGCUCCGAAGGACUUCAUGCGGGAGAUUGUUUUAGCCAAAUUCUGAUGUGUUGCACCAUAUAAAUAAUGCUGUAAUGUGUAAUCUCGGACUAUCAUUUAAUUGCGAAUAUCGGUUCAUAAAUAAAAGCUGAUUGAUUUUUGAAAA